AUGACGGGCCACCUCCUGCCAUGCAGGCCCCAGGGGAACCUGCCGCUGGGGCGCUGCGACGCGGCUCCUUCCCUCACGCCGGUGCAGCGAGCCCUGAUGGAGCUCACCGUGUCGCUGGAGACGCUGCAGGAGGUGAAGGGCCACAUGCUGGAGGCCAUGGCCAAGGGGCUGAGCCAGCAGACGCACGCACAGGCCACUGUGCACAUGCUGCCCACCUACGUGUGCUCCACGCCUGACGGCACCGAAAAGGGCGACUUCUUGGUGGUGGAGCUGCGCCGGAGACACGUGAGGACCCUUUGGGUGACCCUGCCGGGUGACGGGAACCAGAACCUGCAGCUGAAGGAGCAGCUCUUCGACACGCCGGAGGACAUCAUGCAGGGCAAGGGGGAAGCGGGUGAGCAGCACGUCUUCCCUUUCAGCUGCAGGCAGACGCGGCUGGACCAGGGCGAGCUCAUCGCCUGGUCCAAGGACGUCCACUGCAGUGACGUGGAGGGGCACGACGUGGUGCAGCUGCUGCAGGCGGCCAUCAACAAGCAGGAGGUGGGGAGCUGGGCCGGGGUCCCGGCCGGGGCGCUGCCCCCCUAUAUGGGCACCAACAGCUGCUUCAUGGCUGAAGGAUGCCACGUGGAGAUAGCAGAGGAGACCAGCGGGCGGAUGUGUGUCAACACCGAGUGGGGCUGCUUCGGGGACGACGGUGCCCUGAGCAACGUGCUGACCCCCUAUGACCAGAGUGUGGACCAGGAGUCCCACAACCCUGGGCACAAGAGGUUUGAGAAGCUCAUUGGGGGCCUCUAUCUGGGGGAGAUCGUCCGGCACGUGCUGGCCAAGCUGGCUGCUGAGGGAGCCCUCUUCAGCGGGGCUGCAGCCCCUGCCCUGGGGACCAAGGAUGUGUUGAAGACCCAGCAGGUCCUGGAGAUCAUCGACUGUGGGGGCUGCACCCUGCGGCCGGCCCUGCGUCACGGCAUCCACACUCCCCAGCUCUUCGACCACAUCAUCGACUGCAUCAUAGACUUCCAGCAGAAGCAGGGCCUGACGGGGCAGGUCAUGCCGCUCGGCUUCACCUUCUCCUUCCCCUGCCGGCAGCUGGGCCUGGACAAGGCUGUGCUGCUGAGCUGGACCAAGGGCUUCAGCGCCUCGGGCUGCGUGGGCAACGACGUGGUGCAGAUGCUGCGGGAGGCUGCCAAGCGCAAACAGCACACAGGGCUGGAUGUGGUGGCCGUGGUGAAUGAUACUGUGGGCACCAUGAUGUCCUGUGGCUACGAUGACCCCAGCUGUGAGAUCGGCCUCAUCGUGGGCACGGGGACCAACGCCUGCUACAUGGAGGAGAUGCAGAACGUGGGCACCGUCGAGGGGGAGGAGGGCCGCAUGUGCAUCAACAUGGAAUGGGGGGCCUUUGGGGAGAACGGCUGCCUGGACGACAUCUUCACUGACUUCGACCGCAUGGUGGAUGAGAAAACCAUCAACCCAGGCAAGCAGAGGUUCGAGAAGCUCAUCAGCGGCAUGUACCUGGGCGAGAUUGUGCGCUACAUCCUGCUGGCGCUGGUGGAAAAGCACAUCCUAUUCCGGGGCAAGCCCUCGCCCAAGCUCCAGACCAGGGACAUCUUCCAGACCAAGUUCCUCUCCACCAUCGAGAUCGACGGGCUGGCCCUGCGGCAAGUGCGCGGGGUCCUGCACGAGCUGGAGCUGGACGCCAGCUUCGAGGACAGCGUGCUGGUGCGGGAGGGG